AUGAAAUCUGCUUUUAUCCUUCCCAUCUUCCUUGCCUUGGCUUCUGCUGCCGAGGAUAGACAUGAUGGUGACAGAAACGGUGGUGCCAGAGGUGGUAACAGUUAUUUUAACAACUACUGGAACUCCAUAGUAAACGGCGCCCAGAGAGGUAACAAUAGGGAUGUUGUACCUGGCCAAGCUUCGCUGAGCUCUUCACUGAGUUCUUCGCUGGCUUCCCCUACUCCAUCCGUGGCUCCUACGCCCUCUUCUCCAGGCAACCCAUUCAUGGACUGGACGUCUUUCGUCCCAGAUCCUUCUACGUGGUUCAGCCCGGAUGCAGAGAGUCAGCCUGAGCCUUCGUCUCAGCCGCCUCCUGACUCGAGACCAACUUCUAGCUCCAGCUCUAGUCCAAGCCCAAGCCCAAGUCCCAGACCAAGCCCAAGCUCCAGCUCCAGCUCUAGUUCGUCUCCAGCUCCAGGUCCAACACCCUCUACUUCCACUCCAUCAACUUCCAGUUCUGCUGCUCCAACUCCUUCCACUCCUUCUCAAGCAGAACCUGAACCCAAGGCAUCUUCCAGCUCCAGCUCUAGCGUUACUCCUACGCCUAGCCCAGAACCAACUCCAACCACUAGUUCCAGCUCUAGUUCUGUUCCUAGCUCCAGCUCCAGCUCCAACAGCCCUUCACCACCAACAUCGUCAUCGUCAUCUACUUUCAGUACGGUGGCUCCAAGUCAGGCACAGUUGGACAGCGAGUCGCUGUCGACACCUCCUCCAGCUUCAUCAGCUCCAGCAUCCUCGUCAUCGCAGUCCUCUCUGUCGGCUCCAAAAGAGCAGCCUCCACUGAGUCAAUCCUCCUCAUCACUGGUGGCACCUCUGUCAUCCGCUGUGCCAACCUCUGAGACUUCCACUUUAACUCCAUCAGAGGCUGCUCCUCAACCAUCUUCUCAACAGAGCCCUCUGGCAUCGGUGCAACCAUCAUCGGAGUCUUCCUCCUCGGAAAGCUCUUCGUCGUUAUCACCAACACCAGUGACGUCGACUGCGUCACCAACGCCAGAUACGUCGACACCUUCGUCUACUCAGUUAUCUUCUCCAACACAGGAAAAAAUUUCGGAGAAUCCAGAGACUUCUAGUGAGCAUGUUUCGGAGUUACCUCCACCAGAGUCAUCUUCAAUUGAAGAAGUUACUACUUCCUCUUCCCCUACUCCUUCUCCAGAGCCAAGCACGUCUGAACUUUUUGGAAACCCACUGACUGAAUCGUCAGAAGUUCCCGAACCGGAUACUACUCCAACUACUAGCCUGUUCUCGGAGAUCGAGAGCCUGACAGUCGAGGAAAGUCAGACUUCGCUGGAUAGUAUUCCACCACCACCACCCACGGAAAGUAGCUCUGAUGCGUAUCGUCCGCUUCCAGCAUCUACUGAGUCGGAACCUGAAGAGAGCACGGUCCAGCCAACAUCCGACUACCCUGACGAAUCUACGUUGUCUCCAUCGCCUAACCCGGAACCAACAACCAGCAGCAUUGACGCCGCUACCCAGACUACCUCAACUGAGGAGCCAAGUGUCCCAGAGUCGCUGACAUAUGUUCCAAGCCCCAGUGCGUACGAGACAUCGUCAUCUCCAGUCCAGGGUCCAAUUGAAUCAGAGUUCCCUCCUCUGCUGCCUGUUCUGGAGAUCUCGACAUCUUCUACGGAAACCAGUUCGCCUGUCAUCAUUAGUCCUUCGAGCUCUGAUGAGCAGUCGACCUUCUCCGAGCCCCCUGUGGUUACUUCGUCAUCUCCUGUCAGUACUGAACCCGAAACCACAGCACUCCCAGAGUCCAGCUGGUCUGAACCGAUUGCUAGUGAGCCACUCACGAGUCUGACGCCUGUCGUUCCUGAAACCACCACCUCAUCGGAGUGGCCUUUGGAAGAGUCUUCCACUAUCCUGCUGGCUACUCCAGCUAUUGUUACCACAUCCAGUGUUGAAUCGCUGCCGGAAGUUGUCCCUACUCUGUCUCCAGAGCAGUCAACUUUCGAAGAGGUAACACUGGUUGUUUCUGAAUCGUCAAGCGCAGCUCAAGCAUAUUUGACCACUACGCCUUCAAGUUCUCCUGUUCCUGUUUCAUCAUUGACGUCGGAGGAAUCUCCAAUUGCCACACAGCCGCUGGAGGUGACGGAGGCACUGACUGUUUGGAGUCUGGCUCCAUCUGAGGAAUCGUCUUUCGUUCCGGUGGCAUCAAGUCCCGUCUCUCAGUCGCCAGUCUCUCAGUCGCCAGUCUCGCAAUCACCAACAUUCCAGACCGAGUCGUCGCAAGUGGUACCUACCACUGCUUCCGCACCAUCCUCCGGUGUUGUGCAACAGUCAGCUGUACCAGAACCAUCGACCGAGUCUGCUAUAAGUGCUGUCGAGCCUACUCCUGCGCCUUCUUCUCCGGCGGAAACUGAACCUGCUGCAACAGAGGAACCUGCUCCAUCAUCAACCAAGAAUUGGUUGCCAACGCAGAUCGUAGCAGAAUCGACUUCCACCAGUGGAGAAAGCAUAGCUGCUGCAACUACUGCCGCAACUAAGACAUCUGGCUUACCAAAGGCUAUCACUCCAGCCCAGACUGCAUCUCCAGGUAAAGAGUACUCUCUUAUCUACAUUGGUUUCAAGGAGAGCUUGAACUAUCCUUUCGUUGUUGAGAAUUCUUUAUCAUCGGCGCAGAUUUUUGAGUAUCUUCCAAGGGUAUUGCAAUUCCCAUUCGGGGACAAAAAGGAGUACAAGGACACCAUUGUCAGUAGUUUGGUGCCUUACCAUGCUGACGGUAUUGAGUAUGCAAUUACUGUUGCGGAGGUCUACUUCCCAGCUAAUGCUGUUGAUGCUUUGUCCCAACUUGUAUUGGAUGAUAACUCGAAGUUGUACAGAAAUCCUGAUGACACCGAGGCCAAGUUGGCCUCAUUGAUCGACAAGAGAAUCCCAAUCGUUGGUUUGAACACUGGUGACGGGUCCUCUCUGAGCAGCAGUGACCUGAACAAUGGCUCAUACGAUUCAUCGAAUAAUCCCGUGAAGAAUAAGGGCACAAUUGCUGGUGUUGCCACUGGUGCCGCAUUGGGAUCCAUUAUUUACAUGUCAUUAAUGGUUCUCUUAUUCAAGAAGUACAAGAAGAAGAGAGCUCUUCAGCUUCCUCCAUCUGAUAAUGAAAGCUCCUUGGACUGGAGUUCUCAGGAAGAUUCUGGUGUCCCAUCGAAUUCCAAUGGCACUAAUUCAACCAGGCCUGAGAUCUCUGAACCUGUGAAUGCGUUCAACUCUCUAGGUUGGUCAACAAACUAG